AUGAGACUCCUCCACGUCCACAGUUUUGAGUUUGCGUCUGGGUUCCAGGAACGUACCCUUGAUAACGCGCAGGACAGAUUGUGGCAUUCCUUGGGCGGCACGUCACGCCCAAAGCCUCGAUAUGCCAUUCUCUCGCACCGCUGGGUAGGCAAAGAAAUCACUUUUCAGGACUUUAGUACCCUUACAAAAGACCGAUUACGAGAUGUUCCGUUGCAACAUCCAGCCGCGCUGGGGGUGCAAUCUCAAUCGGCUGACGUGGAGGAACAGUCGUCACUCUACAAGAUUGCACGUGCAUGCAAACAAGCCCAGCAACUUGUGUCGAUGGAUACCCCUCCGAUUGAACAUAUAUGGAUCGACACAGUGUGUAUCAACAAGGCAGAUCAGAGUGAAUUAAGUACGGCCAUUGGUUCAAUGUUUCGCUGGUACGCCGAGGCUGUCGUCUGCUAUGCGUACCUGGUGGAUGUGUCAUGGGACGGAUCUGACGCUUCUCGGAGGCAGUUUCUCAAUAGCGAGUGGUUUCGCCGUGGUUGGACGCUGCAAGAGCUUCUAGCGCCAGCCCAGGUCGAGUUCUACGAUAGGGAUUGGAAUCUCAUCGGAUCUCGUACGGAGCUUGCUGCGGACAUUUCACUAGCAACCAAUAUCUCUGAAGACAUCUUGCGUUUGCACGGUUCUUUCAGAGAUGCCAGCUUGGGUCAAAAAAUGAGUUGGUUGUCGCUCAGAACUACGCAGCACAUUGAAGACCGGGCCUACUGCAUGCUUGGCAUAUUCAACGUAUAUCUCGACGCAAGAUAUGGUCAAGGCCCUGCAGAAUUCUUGCGUCUCCAGCACGAGAUCCUGAGAACGUGGAACCGCGAUACACCUUUCGAUGAGACUUUGUUUGCUUGGAGAUCGAGUGAGAUUGCAUCGAGUGGGCUAUUCGCUCCCGCCCCAGUUUGUUUCCGCGAUGCUGGGAGUAUUACAUUUGAUACAGGACUGGCCAGGCCGCGAGGUUCGAAGGAGAAGCUGGGCGCUAAAGGCUUUGAACUCACCGAGGCAGGGCUCUCGAUACAGCGCCCAUGGUCCUGGAACAUAUAUCCACUCAUCACAUGGCCGCUCACAUUCGGCCUGAUAUUGUUUAUAAUGCCAAUCUAUUAUUGUUUCCACUACAAGAAGAUCACGACAAGGAUGAGACUAAACGCCUGGACGCAAGGUGAUGAUGGAAAAGUUCGUUCGAUUGAACUCAGCAUGGAGCUACUUCCGGGCAAGACAUGGCGGCGUGUGGAGUGCGGCCUAUUCUAUCCAUCGAAUGGACUAACUAUUUCUUCGCGCCGACUACGGGCAUUGACAACUUAUGGAGAGGUGAAGAUACCAAACGUCGUCAACUAUUACGAUGUAGUAUCUGAUGAGUUUUUGCAACAAGACAGUCUCAGUCACUCGCCCCUACUUUCGGAUGUAGAGCUUCCACUUUUGUCAAGUUGGGACAAUGGCGAGGUGUGA